AUACCUCUGCACUUUAGUUUCUUUAGUUGAUUCAAAUCGCUUGUCUUGUGAUACCCUUUACAUUUUUUUCUAUUUACUUCUGCCUCCUAAUAUCAUCACAAUGCGUUUCUUCCAGAUCGCUUCAAUUGUUGCCUAUGCGGCCUCUUCGCUCGCUGUCACCAUCACUUCCCCUCAGAACGGGGACAAGGUUGACUUCAGCAAGCCUUACACCAUCAAAUGGACCACUGUCCCCUCGGACCCCGAGCAAGUCAACAUCGUCCUCAAGAACCAAACCUCCUCCGAGAAAGAGAUCGCCAAGGAUAUCAAGACCUCGGACGGCAAAUACACUAUUGACAAGAUCUGGGACAUUGAGACAGGCACCGGAUACCAGUUCAAUUUCGUAUCCAACUCCAAGAAGAACACCGGCAUCCUGGCCCAGUCGCAGAUCUUCAAUGUGACGGCUGUCGCUGACCCCCCCAAGCCAUCCUCUACUGCCACGAACUCCGCUUCCAGCACCUCCGCUGCUCCGACCGAAUCGACUGGCGGCUCUGCAGCACUUACGAUCCCCGCUGCCGGCUCACUGAUGCUCAGCCUUUUCGCCCUGGCGCUGUAAAUCGCAGAUUCGGACCCGAUACGAGAACGGAACGUGUACAAACUUGGAAUUGACGCUAUGAGGUAGUAUUACUUCUUUUUGCUCUCAACUUUCUUUUCCUGUCUAUCUUUUUCAUCAUGCGCUAGCUUCACGGUUCAUGAAAUAACAAGUUUU